CUUUAUUAAACUUCACGCAAUUUCUCAGGAUCUAAUUAUCUCGAGCCAAUGCUGUUCCCUCCUACGACGGUCCGGAAGAGACGCAAGAAGAAUCAAUUUCCUUCGUACAGUACAUGGUUGAUCGCGAACAAGAAUCCCUGCUGUUCUUCGGUGAUAGUCUCCUCCUGUCUAUUGCGGGUCACGAAGCACACAGGCUGCAUAGGACCUCAGGAACUUCAGCACUGAGAAACCCUCAUGUCGUUCGUUAGGUAUCUCCGUCGUCGCUAUGCGCCUCAUCAAUGUUAAGACUAUGCAAAUGGAGGAAUUUCAUAGCGGCCAGGCUCCGAAGUAUGCCAUAUUGUCGCACCGAUGGGAAGCCGAGGAAGUUACUUUCCAGGACAUGAGCAACCCUCAAAUCUUUGGCAAGAAAGGAUACGGCAAAAUCCAAUCCGCUGCUUGGAUUGCUCGCAAUAAGGGUCUCCCCUACCUCUGGGUCGACACGUGUUGUAUCGACAAGAAUUCUUCAUCAGAACUCACUGAAGCCAUCAACUCUAUGUACAGGUGGUACAAGGAAGCGGAGAUCUGCUUUGCCUAUCUUACAGACAUCGAAGUUCACAAGCAUGAAAUCUUGACAAGUGUGUGGUUUACUCGAGGCUGGACUUUGCAAGAGCUCAUUGCACCCAAAAAUGUCAUUUUCUAUGACAAGAAUUGGGUAUUUCUUGGUACGAAAGAACAGCUUGCAGUCUAUCUCGCACAGGCAACCGGCAUCGCCUUAGAUGUCCUGGUCGGCAAGAACAGUCCAUCGAGCUGCUCUGUCGCACAACGGAUGUCAUGGGCAGCCAAGAGGAAAACAGAACGCAUCGAGGACCGAGCAUACAGCCUCUUGGGUAUCUUCGAUGUUAGCAUGCCUAUGCUUUACGGCGAAGGAGAGCGGUCAUUCACGCGUUUGCAGGAGGAAAUCAUCAAGCACUCCGAUGAUCAUUCAAUAUUUGCAUGGGAUCGCGGCCACAAGGGCUUCUUUGGAGGCCACAGUGGUCUCCUCGCAACAUCACCGUCGCAGUUCAUCAUGUGUCAGAACGUUGUCCGUUCCUCAACAGAGCUCGUGAGCACCGGCGGCUUCGCUCUCACCAAUGUUGGCCUUUCCAUCCAGUUACUGACGGUGCCCUGGGGCAUGGAAACCUAUCUGUCAAUCCUCAAUUGCAACAUCAAGAACUAUCCACACGACAGACUCGGUAUCUUCUUGGAGAGGCUAUAUUCCUCCCAUGAUGAACAACAAUUCGCCCGAGUUCAAUAUGCUGGUGCUACAGUACAGCCCGUACGCCUAGAGCACGUCAUGAAAGACACCCAAAGGCGGAUUCGACGUGUCCACGUCAGACAAUUGAUCAUCGAUCCACCCCUGCGCCGCUGGCCUGGCUUCCGGUUGCACGAUCUGAAAUUACCAGGUUAUACACCCGAAGAGCUCAUCCAGGCUGAGUUCCGGUUUCGCAACUCCCUGCCUCACAGAUGGCGCUACGGACCCGAAGAAAUGCAGUAUGCCCUGAACUAUCUUCCCAAUGGACUUCUAGAUUUGCCCCCACGGCCAGUAUUUUUCGCAAUGCCCAGCGGUCGAGGCACAGCAGGUAUAGUGCAUUUUCCACCCUCAAAGAAAGAUAAGUACGGAGAGAGGGUCUGCUGGAUGAAGUUCGGCUUCGACGAAGAUUUCUGUCCCAUGUGCAUCUUCGGCCGGCGCCGUUCACUCUGGGGCGGCAAUUCAGCGCAUCUGGCCGUCACGCCGGAGUCGUUCGAAGAUGCAGAAUUUUCACCCGGAGAACACGCGCUAUUAUUUCGAAAUGAUUGGAUCGUCAAGAACGCCGGAGACGUGCACAUCAAGGACAUCGCAGCCUUGUGGCAGAAUCGAGAUUUUUGCAUCCUCCGGGGACACAGGGACCGGGGAAUAGAUGUAAAGAUACCAUUUCUCAGGUUGCAUAUUUCGGUCAAGUUGGAGCCUGUCCCCGAGGAAUACGCGCCUUAUAACAGGCCCGAUUCUCUCCUCGCAGGGAUGUAUAUUUGGACGAUUAGUGUCAAUUGCUGGCAGGAUGCUUCAGGCAAUGGACGAGUCAAAACAGCGUUGGGCGCUGGGGAACUGCUUGUGAGGUCUUUGGAUGACAUUUUCGGCUAGGUUUAAAAUGUUUAUAUCACUGGUGACCUGGCCAGUUGACAUGUGUGACGAACUUUCUCCAUUGUAUAUACCCUAGUUUAAUCAUAACAUGCACCCUCAG